AUGAAGUUUUUGCGGAAUGCGUGUUUGUGGGUUUCGAAGAUUGAUGGAGGCGUAUGGUGGUUGAGCCAGGGUUUUGAGGGGAGGAGGCUGCUUACCGGUGAUGUCGAGGAUCCUCCGACUCCAAGUCGGGGGUGGAACCCGGGCUCUCUAAACCAAGAUCUGAAGAAGACAGGCUUAGUUUUCCACAUUGGAGAUAUCUGUUAUGGAAAUGGAUACCUUUCACAGUGGGACCAAUUCACAGCUCAGAUUGAGCCAAUUGCUUCCACUGUUCCAUACAUGAUUGCAAGUGGAAACCAUGAGCGUGACUGGCCUAACUCGGGAUCUUUCUAUCAAGGUCUAGACUCUGGAGGAGAGUGUGGUGUACCAGCAGAGACAAUGUUCUAUGUUCCUGCUCAAAACAGAGCUAAGUUCUGGUACUUGAGUGACUAUGGAAUGUUUAGCUCGAUCGAGUUGAAGCUUGGCCGGUCGAGUAGACGGUCGAGCUGGUCUUCAAGAUGGCUUCUCCCUUCUUCCUUUGCGUAUCCAGUUGAGCUGCUUCCAUGCGCCAAGUCCCUCCAUGCUCCUUAUGUCCCAUAUGCUCCAGAAUGCUCCAAAAGACCUAUUUCAAAGGACCAAACAUGCAUAUUGGCUGACACAGAACAUGACUGGAGAGAAGGAACAGACCAAUACAAGUUCAUUGAGCACUGCUUAGCAUCUGUCGACAGAAAAACACAGCCUUGGCUUAUAUUCUUAGCUCACCGCGUGCUUGGUUAUUCCUCGACAUCGUUCUAUGCAGAAGAAGGCUCUUUCGGUGAACCAAUGGGAAGAGGUAGUCUUCAGAAGCUAUGGCAGAAGUACAAAGUCGACAUUGCAAUCUAUGUCCACGCACAUAACUACGAGGGAACAUGUCCUGUUUACCAGGUAAACUAA